UGCACUGUUUUUCAAAGAUGGACGAGUUCAUACAUUUUCCAGAGCGACCGACUCUGGAAAGAACUCUGAAUGCUGAUUUUGGUAAACUUGAAGCCAAACAAUACAAGGUGAUACAAGACAUCGCCAAGUCUCACAUAGAAUCUUUCAAUUAUAUGCUACACGAAGGACUGGCCAGUGCUGUCGCAGACAUUCCACCAUGCGAGUUUGCUCUGCCAAAUGGGCAAAGAGUCAAGUUGGAAUUAAAGGAUGCAUACAUAGGAAAGCCUUUGAUUUCGAAGAACACAGCUGGAGUGCUGACCCCACAAGUUUAUCCAGCCGAGUGCCGAAAUCGAGGUACCACAUACAGAGGUAAACUUGAGGUGACCCUGUCAUGGAGCUUGAACGACGUCCAACAAGACAUCGUCCGAAAGACUGCCGGUGAAGUACCAAUUAUGGUCAAGUCGGACGCCUGCAACCUCGUGGGGCUGUCACCAAAAGAACUUGUUCGCCGGGGUGAGGAAGCAGGGGAGUUUGGAGGCUACUUUGUAGUCAACGGGAAUGAAAAAAUAAUCAGAAUGCUCAUUAUGACCAGGAGAAAUUAUCCAAUCGCCAUGACCAGAAAUUCCUGGAGACACCGAGGCAGAAUGUUUUCCGAGUACGGCGUUCAGUUGCGAAGUGUCAAGCCAGACCAGCUUGGAACGAACAUGGUCCUUCACUACCUGACAAAUGGAACAGUCCAAGUGAUGUUCUCCCACAUGAAAGAACUCUUCUUUAUGCCGGUGGUGAUGCUUCUCAAGGGCCUGUGUGACUUCACAGACUACUACAUCUACAAUGAAUUCGUUGCUGGAAAGGAGAACGACACCUUCUACAAGGGGUGUGUCGCCAACAUGUUGAGGCAGGUUCAAGAAGAAGACCUCCUCAACAGAAGCCAGAUCAGAGACUUUGUGGGGGAGAAGUUCCGCGUGCGGAUGAACCUUCCGGAAUGGUACACGGAUGAAGAGGUUGCAGCGUAUCUCUUCAAGCACUGCAUCUGCACGCAUCUAGACAACGAUGUUGACAAGUUCAACCUCAUCGUGUUCAUGGUGAAAAAAUUGUUCGCUCUAGUCAAAGGGGAGUGUGCAGUGGAAUCAACAGACAACCCCAUGAACCAUGAGGUCCUCCUGGCCGGGCACUUGUAUCUCAUGGUUCUUAAGGAGAAGUUGGCGACCUUUUUAUAUACUGUGAGACAAGGCAUCGAAAAGAAAGCCAAGGCGUCUGCCAGUGUGUUCAGGCUAACCCCUGCCGUCUUCAGCCAUGCACUGAGCGCGUCCUGGGACAUUACGAAUCCCAUGAACUACUUCCUAGCUACCGGAACUGUUGUGACCAAGUCUGGCUUGGGCAUGAUGCAGUUCACUGGCACGACGGUGGUCGCGGAGAAGCUCAACUAUUGGAGGUAUCUGUCCCACUUCCGCUGUGUCCAUCGGGGGGCAUUUUUCGCCGAGAUGCGGACCACUGCAGUGCGAAAACUUCUGCCCGAGGCCUGGGGAUUUCUCUGUCCCGUCCACACCCCUGACGGAGCUCCUUGCGGACUCCUCAAUCACAUGACUGCAAUGGCAGAAAUGGUGAACAAGCAGUACAGCACAUCUAAUCUCCCAGCUCUAUUAGCAGCGCUGGGCAUGCAUGGCCUCGAUGGCAUCAACUCCGACGUGGCACACUGCUACGUCGUCAUCCUCGACGGCAAGGUUUUGGGGUAUGUUGAAGAUGACAAAGCGGAAAGUUUCACCCGGAAGCUACGUUGCCUGAAAGCUGCUGGAUUGGAGAAGGUGCCUCCCACGCUAGAGAUUGGCUUUGUACCGAAGACAGGGAAGCCGUCUCAGUACCCGGGUAUCUUCCUGUUCAGCACAGUGGCUCGCAUGGUCCGCCCCGUGCUCAAUCUGGCUACGCGGACAGUCGAGUGGAUCGGCACCUUCGAGCAGGUCUACCUCAACAUCUGCGUCGUUCCAGAGGAAGCCUAUGCCGAUAUUACGACGCACCAGGAACUGCGUCAGACAAGCAUGUUGAGUGUCCUGGCCAACAUGAUCCCUUACUCGGACUUCAAUCAGAGUCCUCGUAACAUGUACCAGUGCCAGAUGGGAAAACAAACAAUGGGUACACCAUGCCAGGCACUCAAGUACCGCUCGGACAACAAGUUGUAUAGAAUCCAGACACCACAGACACCCUUUGUACGUCCUACGGCAUAUGACCACUACCACAUGGACGACUUCCCAACUGGGACCAACGCCAUUGUUGCUGUAAUUUCUUACACGGGCUACGACAUGGAAGACGCCAUGGUGCUCAACAAGUCAUCCAUUGAGAGGGGCUUCAAGCACGGCUGCAUUUACAAAACGGAAUUUGUGAACCUCAGGCAGAUCGCGGGCGACACUGGCACUCAGACCUCACUGGUGUUUGGCCGUAAGAUGAUAGACAAGGAACUGGAUAACCGGAUAGACAUGGAUGGGCUGCCUUUCAUCGGGGUCAAGGUGGAGUACAACGAUCCAGUCUGCAGCUACAUCAACCUCGCUACUGGAGAAACAACUAUAAAGAAGUACAAGAGCACGGAGAGUGCUCAUAUCUGUGCAGUGAAGCUACUGGGCAAUGACACAGGCACAGACAUCCUUCAGAACAUCAGCAUUACUUACUGGAUUCAGAGGAAUCCGAUCAUCGGUGACAAGUUUGCCAGCCGGCACGGACAGAAGGGUGUCUGCAGCCAGCUGUGGCCCAUCGAGAACAUGCCGUUCACGGAGAGCGGGAUGACACCGGACAUCAUCUUCAACCCUCACGGAUUUCCGUCUCGGAUGACCAUUGGUAUGAUGAUCGAAAGCAUGGCGGGGAAGUCCGGCACGCUCCAUGGUUUCGUUCACGACUCCACGCCGUUCAAGUUUUCGGAGCAGAAGCCCGCCUCGGACUAUUUCGGAGACCUGCUUCAGAAAGCUGGCUACAACUACUACGGGACAGAGCGGAUGUACUCUGGGGUCGACGGGAGAGAAUUGGAGGCCGACAUAUUUUUUGGUGUUGUGUACUAUCAGAGACUGAGGCACAUGGUAGCCGACAAGUACCAGGUGAGGACAACAGGCCCAGUAGACAUGCUGACCCACCAGCCGGUGAAAGGCCGGAAGAGAGCCGGAGGCAUCCGUUUUGGAGAGAUGGAACGGGAUUCCCUGCUGGCUCAUGGAACGUCCUUUCUUCUCCAUGAUAGACUCUUCAACUGCUCCGACAAAUCUCUGGCGUACCUGUGCCGCAAGUGUGGCAGCAUGUUGUCUCCUCUGAUUGAAAAACCAGAUGGCGACAUGUUCCCCCGCUGGACGUGCCCGGGAUGUCAGACGGCGGAUUUCGUAGAUGUCAUCAGCGUUCCUUACGUGUUUCGCUACCUCCUAGCAGAACUGGCAGCGAUAAACAUUAAUGUUAAGCUACAGGUCAAGUGAAGCGUCUCUGUAUCAACUCCAGAAGCAUUGUACAUAAAAGUUUUCAAUUUUUGCA